GAUAAACGACUCAGACAACAACAAAGAGAGGCUUGAAGAAAUAUGCGGCGUGGUUUCUUCACUGGCAUGAAAUAUGCACCUCCCCUCCUUUGGGAACUAUUUUGACAGAGCUGUGGAAGAAGUUUUGGUGGGUUUCCUCAACUUAAAGAUGUUUGGCAGUGGCACCAAGAGGUGGUUCGUGAAGAGGCAAAGAAGGCAGCAACAGAGGUCUGGCAGGAGGCCAUGUGCCAGGAAGAAGAGAUGGGCAGCUAAGAUUCUCCAACAGCACAGAGAAAAAAUCCUGAGCGAGCUGGAUGUCAACAGUGUGCUUCCUUACCUGGUGUAUGAUAAGGUUUUCUCACUGGGGGAGUACAAGGAAAUCCUGGGACAGGAGUCCAACAAGAAGCGGACAGAGAUAUUCCUGGACCAUCUGUCCUCGAAGGGGCCGGCUGCAUUCUGCUCAUUCUGCUCUGUUUUGGAGGAAGUUUGUCCUCACCUGCUAACCUGCUUUCUGUUGGAUGGAGCAGAUGGUGUCUCAGGACGGGGCAGGAAAGGGGGCCUCCUCGUGCCCCCAAACAGUCCGGGAGAGCAACCGCUGUGCUCGCCUCCCAUGUACACCGACCCCAUGUUUGACUCCAGGAUACAUCCCAGUCCUACCGCGGGCUCCAACACAGCAGCCUCCUCCGUGAGCACCAGUCAGGGCAAGCCAUCACUCCGCCGCAUCAAGGGCCGCAUUCACAGGAGCAAGAGCUUGGACAGCAUUGACCUCCUUGACUCCAAUAGUGCAGCAAUGGAGGAAACAGUCAUUUGGGAACAGCACACAGUAACACUACACAGGGCACCAGGGUUUGGCUUUGGGAUAGCCAUUUCAGGUGGAAGGGAUAACCCUCAUUUUCAGAGUGGUGAGACCUCCAUUGUCAUCUCAGACGUGCUGAAAGGAGGCCCCGCAGAAGGCUUACUGCAGGAAAAUGACAGAGUCGUUAUGGUCAAUGCUGUCUCCAUGGACAAUGUGGAGCACGCGUACGCUGUUCAGCAGCUUCGUAAAAGUGGGAAGCUUGCCAAAAUUACAAUCAGACGUAAGAGGAAGGUGCACGUCCCCAUGGGCCGCCUGGGGGAGAGGGAGACUAUGUCAGAGCAUGACGAGGAGGAGGAUAGCUACGAUGAAGAGAUAUAUGAAACGCGGAGUGGACGCAGUGGCGCAUACAGCGGUGUGGGCGGGGCUAUGGGCAGGCGCAGCGGCCGGAGCGGCGGGCGAAGGGACAGGGAACGUGAACGCAGCGGCUCACGAGAAAGGAGUCUCUCCCCACGGUCAGACCGCCGCUCACACAACCUGCCCCCACGCCCAGCCAAGGUCACUCUCGUCAAAUCCCGCAAAAAUGAAGAAUAUGGCCUGCGCCUGGCCAGCCACAUCUUUGUCAAGGACAUUUCCCCUGAGAGCCUGGCAGCCAGGGAUGGCAACAUCCAGGAGGGAGAUGUUGUAUUGAAGAUUAAUGGCACUGUGACAGAGAACCUCUCUUUGAUUGAUGCCAAGAAGCUGAUAGAAAGGUCAAAGGGCAAGCUAAAAAUGGUUGUUCAGAGGGACGAGAGAGCAACCCUGCUGAACAUCCCCGACCUCGAUGACAGUAUUCCUUCAGCCAACGCUUCUGACAGAGACGACAUUUCAGAUAUCCAUUCUCUGGCAUCCGACCAUUCCAAUCGAUCACAUGACAGACAUCGUAGCAGCCGCUCCCGCUCUCCAGACAGACGAUCUGAACCCUCAGACCACUCCAGACACUCGCCCCCACAAAUCAGCAAUGGCAGCUGGAGAAAACCUCACAGAAGUCGUGACGACGAACGGACCUCAAAGCCAGCUUCGACACCAGCGAAGCUAGCGGAGGAGGUUCCUCUGCCCAAACCGAAAGAGUCAGGAGGUAGAGAGGAGAAACAGCUCCCACCUCUCCCAGAACCUAAGCCAGUGUACGCUCAACCGGGACAGCCAGAUGUAGACCUGCCCGUCAGUCCUUCUGAUGCCCCUGUGCCAAGUGCUGCCCAUGAUGAUAGCAUCCUACGGCCAAGCAUGAAGUUAGUGAAGUUCAAAAAGGGGGAGAGUGUGGGUCUGCGGCUGGCUGGGGGGAACGACGUGGGCAUCUUCGUGGCUGGAGUGCUGGAAGAUAGCCCAGCUGCUAAGGAGGGCCUGGAGGAGGGCGACCAAAUUCUCAGGGUAAAUAAUGUUGAUUUUGCAAACAUAAUCCGAGAGGAGGCGGUGCUAUUCCUCCUGGACCUUCCGAAGGGUGAAGAGGUCACCAUUCUGGCCCAGAAGAAGAAAGAUGUGUAUCGGCGGAUCGUGGAAUCGGAUGUUGGUGACUCUUUCUACAUCAGGACGCACUUUGAGUAUGAGAAGGAGUCUCCGUAUGGUUUAAGCUUUAACAAGGGCGAGGUGUUCCGCGUAGUGGACACUCUCUACAAUGGAAAGUUGGGCUCCUGGCUGGCUAUUCGCAUUGGCAAGAACCAUCAGGAAGUGGAGAGGGGCAUCAUCCCCAACAAAAACAGAGCAGAGCAGCUCUCCAGUGUGCAGUACACUCUCCCCAAAACAGCAGGUGGAGACAGGGCUGACUUCUGGAGGUUCCGUGGGCUUCGUAGUUCAAAGAGGAACCUGAGGAAGAGCCGAGAGGAUCUCUCUUCACAGCCAGUCCAAACAAAGUUCCCAGCUUACGAAAGAGUUGUGCUGAGAGAGGCUGGCUUCCUAAGACCAGUUGUAAUAUUUGGACCUAUUGCCGAUGUUGCUCGAGAAAAACUCUCCAGAGAAGAGCCAGAUCUUUUUGAGCUUGCAAAGAGUGAACCGAGAGAUGCAGGAACAGACCAGCGUAGUUCAGGAAUCAUUCGUCUUCACACUAUCAAGCAGAUCAUUGACAGAGACAAACAUGCUGUGCUGGACAUCACCCCAAAUGCUGUGGACAGGCUGAACUAUGCUCAGUGGUACCCAAUUGUAGUCUUCCUAAAUCCCGAUAAUAAACAGGGUGUGAAGAACAUGAGGACCAGGCUGUGUCCAGAGUCCAGGAAGAGCGCCAGAAAGCUCUAUGAGCGAGCCAUUAAACUGAGGAAGAAUAAUCACCACCUGUUCACCACGACCAUCAACUUGAACAAUAUGAAUGAUGGUUGGUAUGGCGCUCUGAAGGAAACCAUCCAGCAACAGCAGAAUCAGUUGGUGUGGGUGUCAGAGGGCAAGGCGGAUGGCACUACAGAGGAUGACUUGGAUAUCCACGAUGACCGCCUGUCCUACCUUUCAGCACCAGGUAGUGAAUACUCCAUGUAUAGCACAGACAGCCGCCACACUUCUGACUAUGAGGACACAGACACAGAAGGUGGAGCAUACACAGACCAAGAAUUAGAUGAGACUUUGAAUGAUGAGGUGGGUCUGCCCACGGAGCCUGCCAUCACCCGCUCUUCAGAGCCUGUGCGAGAAGAUCCCCCUGUAAUUCAGGACACCCCUGGUUACCCUGGAUACCAACACCCUGUGCAGCCUGAAUUAGCCAAUCGCAUAGACCCUGCUGGGUUCAAGAUGGCUGCUCCGCAGCAGAUGUACAAGAAAGAUCUGUACAAUAUGGAGGACCCUGUGCGAAUCAACCAUGGCCUGAAGCAGUCUAUGAGCUACAGUCACCAGCCGCCGUACCAGGACAAACAGCCAUACCGUGAAUACGACCACCCGCCUUACGGAUAUGAUGGAGGCGGCUACACGGAACCAAAGCCUCACAACACUGAUUCUCACCUGCACUACGACAACCGUGUGCCUCAUUACAAUGAACAGUGGCCCCCAUAUGACCAGCAGACCUCGUCCUCCCAGCCCGCAGGGUACCAACCGGGCCACCAGCAACCCAUGGGCUACAAUCCCCGGUCCCCCUAUGAGGAUGGGCCAGGAAGGGACUACAGCCCCCCUCAGCCACGCUACGAUGAGGCUCCACCAGUGGGCUAUGAUGGCAGACCACGCCACAGUAAACCUGGACCGAUUCGUUAUGAUGAACCCCCACCACCACCUUCAGCAGGCUACGAUGCACGUUCCCCAUAUGAGACAGAGUCCCACAGCUUCCCCAUUAACUCUCCUCGGUCACCAGAGCCUUCAAAGCAGUAUUAUGGUGACUCUGGUCUCAGGCCUACCUACAUGCCUGGGCCUCCAAACCGGGGUUAUAAGCCAGGGAUGCAUGAGCCUAUGAGAAACUCUGAACCCACCAUCCCCCUGCCCAAACCCGAGACCCUGUCCUCUCCAGGCGAUCCAGCAAUCACCCCGGGGUCCAAACCCCUUCCUCCUCCUCCACCCCAGGAAGACCUGGAUGAGGACCCAGCCAUGAAACCACAGUCAGUGCUCAACAGAGUCAAGAUGUUUGAGAAUAAACGGUCUGUUUCUAUGGACCGGGCUAAAGAGGGAGGAGAUUCAUCAGUGCUCAGGCCUGCAGAUAUCCCUAAACCUGUGAGUGCACCUGGACCAGUCCUCAAAGCGAAUUCUCUCAGCAACCUGGAACAGGAGAAGUCCACCUAUAGGGCUCCUGAACCACAGAAGCCUCACACUAAACCCCCGGAUGAUGCAGUGCGUUCCAACCACUAUGACCCAGACGAGGACGAGGAAUACUACAGAAAGCAGUUGUCCUACUUUGAUCGCCGUAGCUUUGACAGCAAGGCCAUGGGCCAGCCCACUCCUGGCAUCAACCGCUUUCAUGAUCUGCCCAAACCACCUCAGCUGUCCUACCCAUACAACAGAGUUGAGUCUGUGGAAAAGGUGAGUCCAGUGGAGAAAAGAUAUGAAACUCUGCCCCAAAUCAGUCCCUCUUCACAGUAUGGGCCCCCGGCCUCUGCCGUUCCACCCACCACACUGCCCAAACUCAGCCCUGGUGAUGCUAGUGCCGUAUCUGAACCAUUGACUUCGCCCAAUCCCAAACCUGAGCUGGCAACUCUUAGGCCGACCAGCAGGGAUGAACCCACACCAGGUGGUUACCUGCCCCCAAGGGGCCUCCCCGACAAAUCCCCGGUUAAUGGCACUGAUGCAGCACCCCCGAAGACACUGAGCACUCCCGCACCAACUAGCUAUAACCGCUACGUUCCCAAGCCUUACACCAGUGCAGCCCGGCCCUUUGAGCGCAAGUUUGAGAGCCCCAAAUUCAACCACAAUCUGCUGCCCAACGACACACAGGUAAAGACGGACCUCCUCAGUAAGCCCAGUGUGGUGAGCAACAGUAGUGGGAAACCUCAGUUGUCACCGCAGCCCCUUGAUCAUGACAGCGGCCUGGACACCUUCACACGCACUAUGGACAACAGGCCCAAAUACCAGCACAAUAACAUCAACGCCAUUCCCAAGGCCAUUCCUGUAAGCCCCAGUGCGCUGGAUGAUGAUGACGAAGAUGAAGGACACACAGUGGUGGCCACCGCUCGUGGGAUCUUCAACUGUAACGGAGGGGUCCUGAGUUCUAUUGAGACAGGCGUCAGCAUCAUCAUCCCCCAGGGUGCAAUUCCGGAGAGCGUGGAGCAGGAGAUUUACUUCAAGGUGUGCCGGGACAACAGCAUCCUGCCCCCCCUCGACAAGGAGAAAGGAGAAACGCUGCUUAGUCCACUGGUGAUGUGUGGCCCGCAUGGACUCAAGUUCCUGAAGCCGGUGGAGCUGCGCUUACCUCACUGUGCAUCCAUGACCCCUGAUGGUUGGUCCUUUGCUCUAAAAUCCUCCGACUCCUCGUCGGGUGAUCCUAAAACUUGGCAGAACAAAUCUCUCCCUGGAGACCCAAACUACCUGGUGGGUGCAAACUGUGUGUCUGUGCUCAUUGACCACUUCUGAAGAGGGCAACAGCUGGCCUGUUACUGAAUGUGAUAAACGGGGGGGGGAACCUGAGUCUCCCCUGCCGUGCCCCCUCCACGGUGCACGGUGCUCGAUGAAGUAUGAACUUGAUAUUCUCACAUUGUUUACUGUGCCCAAAAUAUUAAAAAAAAAGGAAAAAAAAAACACACACACAAGGAGAGUUGGAGUCCAGCAUCCUGAGGCUGUUUUCUUUCUUUCUUUCUUUCUUUCUUUCUUUCUUUCUUUCUUUCUUUCUUUUGGUUCGGUGCUUACAAGGCUUGCAAAAAAUAAAGACGAAAACACGUUAUUUAAACAAAGGAACUGAAGUUGGAGUGCAUGACCAGUGCCACAGACUGAAUGAUCUCAUUUUGACAAUUUUAGCUAAUUUUGUAAAAGUUCAGAGCAGUGGAGGGGGAGGGGGGAUAAUUUGGGAAACUUGUUUAAUAUCAAAAUGGGAUUUUUGCAUAAUGUAAAAAAAAAAAAAAAAAUUAAAAAAGGAAAAAAAAGGCUCACAAACAGCAAAGUUUGUAUAUUCAAAACUUUUGUUUGUGAAUUCUGUGGUCAUGCGUUUCACUCAUGAUGGAUCUCUGAGGACUUGAGAAAUGCUCAGCCUGACUCACGGAGAUGUAGGCAUCAUCAAGAUU